AUGGCUCUUAAGCGCAUUAACAAGGAGUUGAUCGACCUUGGACGGGACCCACCUUCGUCAUGCAGCGCUGGUCCCACUGGCGAUAACAUGUUUCAAUGGCAAGCAACCAUCAUGGGCCCGAGCGACUCACCUUACGCAGGAGGCGUGUUCUUCCUCUCUAUUACCUUCCCCACCGACUACCCCUUCAAGCCUCCCAAGGUCAGCUUCACGACCAAGAUUUACCACCCGAACAUCAACGCGAACGGCUCGAUUUGCUUGGACAUCUUGAGAGACCAGUGGUCGCCGGCAUUGACCAUUUCGAAAGUGCUACUCUCGAUCUGCUCAAUGCUCACGGACCCGAACCCCGACGACCCUCUCGUGCCCGAGAUCGCGCAUUUGUACAAGACCGACCGCGCACGGUACGAGGCAACCGCGCGGGAGUGGACGCGGAAGUAUGCCAUGUAG